AUAGGUAAUCAAAGGAUCAAGUUUCGGGCUUGAACGAGCUUCCGAGAAGAUAAAAUCGACAUUCGAGCCGAAAAUCAGUGAAAUUGGGCCAAGAUCUCGUAAGAGCCGCGAAGCCCAAUGGACCAAGGCCUCAAGGCGUCCAACUUGGACGCUUGGCCAAGUUGGACGCCUGGGCUGGAUUGCAGAUCAAGGAAGACACGUGGCAAGCAGCGAAUGGACGGGCCGCGUAAGGCGUCCAACCUUGGACAAUUUGGAUCUGGAUGCUUUGACUUGGACGCCUCGGCCUCUGUCAUCCUUGGAGAAGGUAAGCUCAGGUUCUUGAACCAGGCUGGAGGAGGGCAGCAGGUUGGAUUGGUUCUCUGUCCAGGAGAGAAGGCAAAGAUUCAUGGAUGCCAGCUGCUGGUUUCCGGCUGCCAUAGGAUUCUGGUUUUUCUGGUGACGGUACUGGUGCUGUGGGAUGAUCUGCAUACAACUAGCCAAUCCACUAAUUCCCCCUGGAUUAUUGGUGGUGACUUCAAUAGCAUCUCUUCCCUUGAUCAUCACAAAGGCAAUAGCAGGCCUUGCCUUAAUAGUAUUCAGGACUUUGAUCACUGCAUUAUCAACAGCUGCCUCAUCUCCCCUCCCUUCUCUGGAAGCCCCUUCACCUGGUUUGGUGUUAGAUCCCUGGGCAGGUUGUGGAGAAGACUAGACAGAAUUUUCAUAAACACCACUUACUCAAACCUUUUUCCAGACACUUCAACUGAACACCUACCCAAAGCCAGUUCAAACCCAUCAAACUUGAUGCCACAACUGAAUGCUUUGGCCGCCCCUCUAUUGCUAGAAUUUGUGUUGAAGUAGAUAUUUAUAAACCACCCAGCCCCAAAUUCUAUGUUAAGAAUGGAGAUACUCCCCUCCUCCUCACUGCCAUUUACGAAGGGCUACCAGAAUACUGCAAUGAGUGCAAGGGGGUUGGGAGACACAUUCCAGAUUGCAAACACUUCACAGCACCAGUACCGUCACCGGAAAAACCAGAAUCCUAUGGUAGCCGGAAACCAGCAGCUGGC